CACAGAAAUUAUUUUAGUGCAGUUCUCAGAACAACAUUAAUGAUAGAAAAAUCAGAUAAUGGAAACAGAAAUCUGUGAUAAAGACUUUGGUAAAAUUUGGCACAGAAAACCUAAUCCAACUAAAGAUGAUGGGCUUAUUGUCAAAGUUAAACACAGUACUGCUGGAGCUUUUUCUGGUCCUUCCAGAAAUAUUCCAUUUUUAAAAGCUAGUUUUGAUACUGCAAAUGAGAGGUUUAUUGCUGGAGAUAGUCAAGGAAAUAUCUAUUUGUUUGAUCUGACAAAGAAUAGGUUUACACUGGUUCAAAAGACUGGUCAGCCUUGUACAGCUCUAGCAUUUGGACUUCAUCGCAAGUCUGAGUUUCUUGUAGCUCUUGGUGAUUAUUCGCUAAGGUGUUUUGAUGCAGAUAAAAAAGAACUAGUGGCUUUGAUGAAAGGUCAUGAAUCUGCCAUUCAUUCAAUUUCUGUCCAUAUGUCUGGUCACCAUGCUUUGACCACGUCAUCUGAAACUACCCUCUUGUGGGAUCUGGAUACUUUCCAGAGAAAACGCAAACUAAAUAUCAAAGAGGAUGUUGGUUUGUUGCAGGCCUUCUUCCUGCCCAAUAGCAACACUAUAAUGACAUGUUUUCAUGAUGACACAAUCUUUGCUUGGGACCUGGACACUAUGGCCUUUAAGUACCAGCUCCCCAUUCCUAUUGGUGACAGCCCACACUACAGAGGCUUCACUGCUUCACGUGAUGCCAGAUAUUUGAUAGCUGGGGGAAAAUCAAGAUUUCUUCAUCUCUGGUCAUUAGACUCACACAGGUUGAUUAGAGUCAUUGAAAUGCCAAGUAAAGUCAUUUCUAUCAAACUAAUGGAAUUUCUGCAAGAUAAUUAUCAGAAUGGUGUAAAUCAAAUCUUGGGUGUGCUCUCACAAGAUGGGAUCAUGAGGUUCAUCAACACAGACUCCUGCAAGUUGUUGUUUGACAUUGGGUCCUCAGAUUGUAGGAUAAGAUUUGCAACAGCUGGGCCAGGAGGCCGCCACAUUGUAGCAGUGACAGAAGACGGGAACUUGAAUUUGUACAACACCUCCACUCUAGCCACAGAUUUAAAUAAGCCCCCACCAGCCUUGAUGAAAGUGGUCACAGACUGUAACAAGUUGUCAGACACUAUGUCCACUGAGAGCAGCAUGAGAAGGUCCAAGCCACAUUUAGAAACAUCAAAAACAAAGCUGAGAAUGAAUGGGGUCAGGGGUGAAUCUGAUGCUAAUAAUAAUAAAGAUACUAGUUCUGAUCUUGGAGGGCUUAACAAACAAAAAUUGCUGACCAUUCUAAAAGGUUAUGGGGAAUAUCCAGCUAAAUAUAGAAUGUUUAUAUGGCGAAAAAUCUUAGAAUUGCCAGAGAAUUUUUCAGCAUAUGCUGCACUGAUAGAUAAAGGAGCACACCCUUCCUAUUCUAGGCUUCAUGAGUUAUAUCCAAUAAAAAGUAGAAAGCUUCUCAGAAUUCUGCAGAGAAUCCUGUCAGCCAUGGCACACUGGUCACCAAUAUUUGGAGAGACACAAUUUUUACCAACGUUUGCGUUUCCUUUUGUCAAAAUGUUUCAGAAUAACCAUUUAAUUUGCUUUGAAAUGGUUGCAACCAUUUUAGUUAACUGGGGACAGCAUUGGUUUGAGUACUUCCCCAAUCCACCAAUCAAUAUUUUGGGAAUGAUAGAAAAUAUUUUGGCUCAUCAUGACACACACUUACUACAGCAUUUUGUAAAAACUGGAAUUACAUCACAGAUCUAUGCCUGGCCGCUGCUAGAGUCCGUGUUCUCUGAGGUUUUAACACAAGACGAGUGGUUGAUGCUGUGGGACAACAUUCUGAGCAACCAUCCGUCUUUCCUCCUCAUGACUGUUGUAGCAUACACUAUCUGUGCCCGUGGCCCUCUGAUGAAGUGCACAGAGAUGGAUGAUUUUAAGUUUUUCUACCAUCACCGAAAUGCCAUGAGCAUCAAACAAAUUAUUAAAGAAGCCUAUAGGCUGAUGGAAUCAACACCAGAUGAUGUACACCCACAAAAUAUAUUGGAGGAUUAUGUCCCAUUGACAAAGGGAAAUUACCCUGUUUUCAACAAGUAUCCAACAUUCAUUGUAGAUUAUCAGGUCCAAGAAAGAGAACGUAUACGUCAGGAAGAGCUAGAGUUCAUGAGACAAAAGUUUUUGACCCUGGAUGUUGAGAAGGAAACAGUGCAGAAGCAGCAAGAAGAACAACAGUGGUACAGACAGCAGCAGCUGCUGUUGGAGGCGGAGGAGAAAAGAAGGAGAAUGAUUCAGGAGGAAGAGGCCAAACUUGCGGAACAGAGAAAACGUUUGCUGGCAUUAAAUCGGGAGGUCAAGUUGAAAGAAUUGGCCCUGUUAGAAGCUGGAAGAAGGAAAUUCCUGCAGUUUCAGAAAGAACAGAGAGAGGUUGAGUUGAGGCGCCUGGACGAUGAACUCCAGCGCAAAGCCUUGCAAAGGGACCAAGAGACAGAUGCAGCUAUACAGGAAGCUGAAGUGAAACAAAUGGAACUCCAGUUACAAAAAAAACUUUUUGAACAGGAACUGUACCGUGAGUUUGCCAUACAGUCACAAGCCCUGCGCAAUGACCAGGAUCUCCACAGAAAGCAAACAGAACUAGAAGAUAGACUGAGAGCUAAAGUUGAAGACACUGAAAGAAGUAGGGCAUUGGAGGCUCGUAAGAAAAUGGAGCAGAAAUUAGCAGUCACAGAACAACAAAACAUUGACAUGUGGGCCCGUAAGGAGCUGGACCACAAGCACAGGAUGGCAGACAUGGAUAAGGAGUCGGAUCUGGAUAAACUAACAAGCUUGACUGCAAAGAACCGAGAACUAGAGAAUGAAGUUUACGAACUAAUGAACAAUCUACACCGGCAAAAAAAAGUAGAGACAGCAUUGGGGUAUGAUGAGAUUGCACAAAAUAGAGUUCUUGGUGUUAGAAAUAAAGACAGAAGAAUGAAAUCUACUGAAGAAGAGCUCCUAAAGGGAAGGCAUCACACAUUAGAUUUGAUGGAAAAAGCAGAAGAUGACAGUGAUGAGCCUGUAAGUGAUGUCCUUUCAAGAGCUGAUACAUUUCCUGAUGAUUCAUCAGGAGACAUCUCUCGGGUAUCUUUUGAAAGAAAUCGUCGGGCCUUUGAUAAUCAGGAAAUCGCUCUUCUCAAUGAAGUUCGACUGAUGAGGCAAAGGCUAGCCACAGAAAGUAGAACUAAGAGACCUCCACCUCCAGUUGAACUGGGCUAAUAGAAUUUAUAAUUGUGUUUUUAUUUUCACAAUCACAGUUAUGACGUUUAGUUUUAUCUAUGUAGUCCUGAAACUAGUUUUACUUGCCCACAAUUGUGUAAGAUGAUGAUUUAGUAGUUCAUUAUUUUUAAAACCCUUGAUAGUUUUAAUCUAAUGGAUAUCAAAAUAAUUAUAAGUUAAGUUUUAGUUAUAAAUUGUAUCAAAUUAGUUAAGUUAUGCACUGUAUUUUAAAGUUAACCAACAUAAUGAUAUAUUGUGUACUUAAAAUGUAUAUACCAAACAUGCAAUGUAAAUAAAUUUAAACUUUUUGUAAACAUGAAUAAAAAAAUAAUUUAUUAAUCACUUUAAUGAU